GGCGCGCUCUCCGCGAUCCAUUACUCCAGACGCUGCCGCUGGCGGCGCCUGGAUUCCGAAGGUGAGGCGUGGAAAGGUGGGGAUCCUGAGAGCGCCCCCCACCCCCGGGCGGGCUCCUGGAGGCAGGCCUCCCUGGGAGCCAGACGGCCGGCGGGAGAUGGAGGCCGGCCGGCAACGGCCAGUCCUGCGCUCGGUGAACUCGCGCGAGCCGUCCCAGGUCAUCUUUUGCAACCGCAGCCCGCGCGUCGUGCUGCCCGUGUGGCUCAACUUCGACGGCGAGCCGCAGCCCUACCCGACGCUGGCGCCGGGCACCGGCCGCCGCAUCCACAGCUACCGAGGUCACCUUUGGCUCUUCAGAGAUGCAGGAACACACGACGGGCUUCUGGUUAACCAGACCGAAUUAUUUGUGCCAUCUUUGAAUGUUGACGGACAGCCUAUUUUUGCCAACAUCACACUGCCAGUGUACACCCUGAAAGAACGAUGUCUCCAGGUCGUCCGGAGCCUUGUGAAGCCUGAGAACUACCGGAGACUGGACAUCGUCAGGUCACUCUACGAGGAUCUGGAGGACCGUCCAAAUGUGCAGAAAGACCUGGUACGCCUGACACAGGAGCACAUUGCCAGUCAGCCACCGGAAGAGGAGCCCCAGCAGCUGGAUGGAAAUUAGCAUUCCUGUUCCUCAGCUUCUCUGCUACGGAUGAGUCUUGCUCUAAAUAGAGGACUGGCCGUUACUCUCA